CCGCCGCCUGCUCACUCUGCCGGAGCAGCUGCAGCUGAUGCAGAGGCGCUGACGGCGAUCCUGGCACCCCCUCGUCGGCUACUCCCAGGGGAGACCAUGUCCAGCCUGUGAAGGCUCCGCGCGACGUUCACACCCCGGGGAGCAAGAGAGAUGGGGAACAGCAUGCGGUCCAGCCCGGCGCCCCCCGAGAGGCCCCUGCCCUGCCCGGACGGCCUGGACAGCGACUACCUGGCCGUGCUGAGCGACUACCCGUCUCCCGACAUCAGCCCCCCCGUAUUCCGCCGAGGAGAGAAACUGCGCGUGAUUUCCGAUGAAGGAGGCUGGUGGAAAGCCAUUUCCCUUAGCACUGGCCGAGAGAGUUAUAUUCCUGGAAUGUGCGUGGCCAGAGUUUACCAUGGCUGGCUGUUUGAAGGGCUGGGCAGAGACAAGGCCGAGGAGCUGCUGCAGCUGCCGGACACGAAGAUGGGCUCCUUCAUGGUCAGAGAGAGUGAGACGAAGAAAGGUUUCUACUCUCUGUCGGUGAGACACCGGCAGGUGAAGCAUUACCGUAUCUUCCGCCUGCCGAACAACUGGUACUACAUUUCGCCGAGGCUCACCUUCCAGUGCCUGGAGGACCUGGUGAAUCACUAUUCCGAGGUGGCUGACGGCCUCUGCUGUGUGCUGACCACGCCCUGCCUCACUCAGAGCACAGCUGCUCCCGAAGUGAAGGCCACCAACUCCCCUGUCACCUUGCGCCAGAAGACCCUGGACUGGAAGAAGAUGUCCAGGCUGAAGGACAAUCCUGAGGGGGCAGGGAACCCGCUUGGCGUGGAUGAGUCCCUUUUCAGCUACGGCCUUCGGGAAAGCAUCGCCUCCUACCUGUCCCUGACCAGUGAGGACAGUGCCCCCUUGGACCGAAAGAAGAAGAGCAUCUCCCUGAUGUACAGCGGAAGCAAGAGGAAGAGCUCCUUCUUCUCGUCGCCGCCCUACUUUGAGGACUAGCCUGGAGCAGGCCCCGGGCGGUGUGCCCAGCAGGAACAGAGGUUCGAACUCUUGCCUGGGCUCCGACACAGAGGCACACUUCCCUGGCCGUUGGGGGCCUCGCGUCUCCCAGGAGCCAAGAGAAGCUACAUGAAACUCACACUCCCACCUCUAUCCACAUGAUGACCGGGGAACUGCCCCGGGUGUCUGACCCGUCCCAGGACGUCGCAGAAUGCCGACUUGUGAUGGGAUCAGGCAGUGUUUCAGAAGAGCCCUGCUUGUGUGCUGUAUACAAGUGCCCGUCGUGUUUGGGGGGAAAGAAAGACACUCUUUCACAAGAAAGUACACAAGGACUAUCCUCCAACCAGCUAUCCAGAUGGCCACAGCCUCAGCUCACAGAGAACCCUUCUGAAAGAGAAACACCUGGGAAGAAGAUGCGCCACACACUGUGGCCAAACAUCUGGGUUUGCAAACUGGUCUUGCACCUGGAACUUUCUUAGCCAACCCACAGAGAGACCUUCGGGACACAUCUUCUCUGUCUUUAAGGGGACUCAGUGACACUAAACAUUACCCUUCCUACUUAGCCCUGAAUCAGGAGAUCUCUGCCCUGCUGGUCCCAAAGCCACCUGUGCGGGAGUCAGAUGGCCUCCCUACUUCCGCCGGGGGCAAGGCAAACGGGAGAGCGCGAGGCCGCUGGCAGGGGGUGCGAGGCAGGGCCUGGAACUGUGCAAGGCUGCCCCACGUCCCAGCCACGGCUCCACGGCCCAGAGAGAGCUCUGGGGCAUGAGGAGGUUCACACAGAGAUUAGUGUGCCAUUGUUCCUUCAUGAUUGCCUGAAGAGACACUGUGUUAUGUCCUAUGUACGGCGUCAGGCCAAAAAAAGA